CGGGGAGAGCACUGAGGCUGCUCUUCCUUUCCUGGGCCGACCUCUGAGCAGCAGACGGGGCUAAGUGUUCCCCAGCUCGCCUUUACACACAGCCCGUGCCACCGCAGCCGACGGCACCAUGAAGGACGAGGUAGCUCUACUGGCCACCGUCACCCUCCUGGGAGUCCUGCUGCAAGCCUACUUCUCCCUGCAGGUGAUCUCGGCGCGCAGGGCCUUCCGCGUGUCGCCGCCGCUCACCACCGGCCCACCCGAGUUCGAGCGCGUCUACCGAGCCCAGGUGAACUGCAGCGAGUACUUCCCGCUGUUCCUCGCCACGCUCUGGGUCGCCGGCAUCUUCUUUCAUGAAGGGGCGGCGGCCCUGUGCGGCCUGGUCUACCUGUUCGCGCGCCUCCGCUACUUCCAGGGCUACGCCCGCUCCGCGCAGCUCAGGAGAAACGGAGAAAGGAGAGCUUGCCAAGCAUGGGCAACGGUGUGUGCAAAGGCCCUGAGGUGAAGGGGAGACCCUAACGUGCCAGAGGAGUGUGCCGGUAACCCAGGAUGAGAACCAAGCUGAGACACACGGAGGGGAACAAGGAGGCUGAGAAAUGCCUUCAGCUUGAGGAGCUAAGGGACGGCCUCAUUGUAGGCCUUGGACAUGGGGGAGACAUUCCGGGGACUUGCUGUGGGUAUUGUCCCGGAUUCUGCGCUGCUUUCACCAGUGAAUUACUGACUUUGCGGCCUGAUCUUAGGAACGGGGGUGAGGUGGCGCCGAGGUGGCACUGCGCCUG